AUGAUAUCUGAAGGUACCUACGUAGUAGGUUUUGCUAAAAGCCAGUACCAGGACUAUGCUAAAAUCGGCCGAGUAGAUCAGCUAUAUACUGGUUUCGUGCUCUCAUCAGUGCAGAAAAGAUCAGACACAAGCAGCAAUGUGCCUGGACUUUGGCCAACAUAUGCGAGUGCUCACAAUAAUUUAGGAAUUCUAUUGAGCGACGCUUCGGAAGCCGAAGGUCAUUUUUUAGCUGCCAUUCGUUACUCAGAAGAACACGUUAAUGCCCAUUUCAAUUUGGGACAACUUUACAGGAAAAAUAAUAAGUCUUCUGAAUCGGAAGAAAUGUUGAUGAAAUGUAUAAGACUGGAUCCUAAAUUUACCCCUGCUUAUGUGGAACUUACAAAACUCCGGGGACCAGAUGAUCAGAAAAUCAAUGAACUACUGAGAAAUGCUAUAGAUGUGAACCCAUCAGAUCCAUAUUUUGGUACCAAUUUGGGAAAGUGGUUAACUAGAUUAGGAAGCUACCACAAAGCACUUCACUACUUCUGGGAAACAUUGAAAAUGAGUCCUUCCCAUCAAGAAGCUGUAGCUGGAGCAGCAAAACUUCUCCGUAAGUUUGGUCAAAAAUCAAGACUGUUUCAGUUACAAACACGAUGGCAGACCAUAAGGAGAGGUAGAAUAGGAGAACUUCCGCAGACUACACAUAUAUUAUAUUUGCAUGAAUGGCACCUCAAGAUUGAAUUGAGGACCAGGGCGAAACUUUAUGAUAACAAAUUUCUUCUU